GCCUCGAGCGGUUAUGGUCCGUACACCACACAAGGAAUGCCCGGCUCAGACCGGACUCCAUAAGUGCUCCAUGUCUGCGUAGGGAAACUUCAACGGACUAUGGCCGAGAAAAUAAUCGUGUUUUGGAAAGAGCCGUCGUGGCCAUUUCCGCUUGUAGCUGCUAAGCGCAUAUACUUGCCUUAUCUCGUUAUCUGCCUUUGAUGGACGACGGUGACAGCCAAUACACCACACCCGGCCAAAUGGACGCUCCCAGGCACCACCGUCAUGUGCUGGAUAUAUACUUAUGGCGUAUCCAUACAGUCUGAUACAGAACUCAGCGCUUCUCUCCGCCUUUCCAGUUCUUUUUCCCUUCUGUCUCUCUUCUCCGUCCGAGUCUUUAGGUGGCCUUUUCUUUCACCUUAUUUUGUCGCCUCCUACGUCUCUCCACCAUGAGCAACCACGGCUCGCAUGACCUUGAAAAGUCACAGGAUGGAGCCAGCAUCGAAAAGUACGCGACAGAGCAGUUCGUCGUCCCCGCACAAUCCAGCAAUCCCAAUUACCGUAUUGAUGGUGCCGACUUGGACCGCGUACAACGACGACUCAAACAACGACAUGUACAGAUGAUUGCUAUUGCUGGGACCCUCGGAACAGGUCUGUUCCUUGGUUCAGGAAAGUCACUCAGUGGUGCGGGUCCUCUCGGCGCUCUAAUCGCCUACAUACUUGUCGGAACUGUGGCAUACUCGUCAUUGUGUUCUAUCGGAGAAAUGACAGCUCUUGCUCCCAUAUCUGGAACCUUCCCCCAUUUUGCUGCUCGAUGGGUCGAUCCUGCUUUUGGUUUUGCUGUCGGAUGGAACUACUUUUACACCAACGUUAUGUCCGUUCCUGUGGAGAUCUCAGCGGCGCAACUACUCAUCACUUAUUGGGAUACCAAACAUGCUGCCGCUUACAUUGCAGUUAUAUGCGUUUGCGUUUGCGCUAUAAACAUAUUUGGUGUUCGUUACUUUGGGGAGUCUGAAUUUAUUUUCUCGAUCAUCAAACUUGUCAUGAUCACGGGUUUAAUUCUACUUGGGCUUAUCAUCGAUCUUGGCGGAGCACCUGACCAUCAACGCCGUGGCUUCCAGUACUGGAAAAACCCGGGUGCACUCGCUGGGUCAGGCCUCGAGCCCACUCACAUCGGGCUUGAUCGUUUCUUAGGUAUCCUUUCCGUCAUCGUCCAAGCUGCAUUCUCCUUCCAGGGUAUGGAACUUGUCGCCAUUGCUGCAUCCGAAACUGAGAGCCCACGUCGAAACAUCUCUAAGGCUGUGCAGAGGGUGUUCUAUCGUAUCGUGCUCUUUUAUGUGCUUGGUGUCUUGAUAACUGGUAUGAUUGUUCCAUACAACGACCCUAGUUUGCUGCAGACGGGUGGCACGUCCGCCGAGUCACCUUACGUCAUUGCAAUGGUUAACGCCGGUAUCAAAGUGCUUCCUGGUAUCGUCAACGCCGGUAUCCUUACGAGUGCUUUCUCCGCUGGAAACUCUUUCCUUUUCUGCUCUUCACGUAUUCUCUAUGGUCUCGCUCUUCGAGGCCAGGCCCCACGUUUCCUCACUUACUGCACAAGUAAAGGCUUGCCGUUGGUAGCCGUGAUUGUUUCUAGCGCUUUCUCUCUCUUGUCUUUCAUGACUGUAUCUAGUGGUGGCGAAACAGUAUUCAACUGGUUCGUCAGCUUGUCCACUGUUGGAGGCUUCUUCUCCUGGGCCUCCAUCAACUUGACCUUCCUUUUUUAUUACCGCGGAAUGAAAUCACAAGGCAGAGAUCGUAAGCAGCUUGCUUACUGGAAUCCUCUCCAGCCGUAUCUUGCUACAUGGGGCUUUGUUUGGUGUGUGAUAUUCGUCCUCAUCAAUGGAUUCGAAGUUUUCUGGGCAUUCAAUGCGUCGGGUUUCCUCACCGCUUAUAUCAACAUCCCGUUCUUCUUCAUCCUCUACUUCUUCUGGAAAAUAUUCAAACGCACUUCAGUGUGGAAAUUACACGAGAUGGACUUUGUCACCGGUAUUCCAAGCAUGGAGGAGACCGAGAUUCCAGAAGUACCACCGAAGAACAUUGGCGAGAAGAUCGCUUCGUUCAUCUUCUAGAUGAGCACUGCGAGCAGCUUUCCACUGCAAAUACCAUGACGUACAUAAUAGUUUUUUUUGACGAUCUAUUCUGUGAUUUAGGUUAAUAUAUUUCUUGUUUUUCUUUUUCAUCAUGUAAUGUCCCCCCACCUUCCAUCUCAACUAGUAUUAGUACGCCGUACGUAAACGCGUAAGAUAGCUCAAAAAGAUAUACACACAUAUAUAUAUAUAGUGUAGGAAUGUAUCCGCAGGCUAUCUCCCAUUUAUGACUUACGAUGUUGUGAGUUUAGACUGGUGUGUAUUUAGCAUAGUUGAUUGAUUGACCUAGU